AUGUCCUUCUUCGGCUUCGAUACCACCCUUCCGAGGGAUCGGGCUCCUCCGGGUGACAAGAGGGGCAUUUUCGACACCCCUGACCCGUUUGCUGAGGUCGCCCGCGCUCGCGCUCACGCCCCCGACGACGAUGACGAUGUAAUCGAUUUCGAGGACACCUACGAUGGCCUCGGUGACCAGCUUGACGAUGACCAGGAUGCGUUCAACGACGAUACCUUCGGUGGUGAACUCGAGUCCGCCCCUGUGGGCAAGGACUUUGAUUUCUUUGGAAAGACCGCUCAGGUAGCAGACGCGAUCGGUGAGGAACAGGUCCGGUACAGUCUCCAGCACCCAGGGGCACCGGCUGUCGCUCCCCCUGCGACGGAGCCCGCUCCAUCGACCGCUACAGCCAAGCAACCGAAGCGUACUGGAUAUGAGAAGUACUCCGACCCCGACUAUAUCCCCGACCUUCAGGCCAAGUCCAGCAUCUGGAACAUGCCCCAGAAACCGGAGCCAGCUCCCCAACCUGCAGCCCAACCCAAGAAGAUGUUGAGUUUGGAGGAAGUCGAAGCCCAGCUACGUGGCCACGGAGUUCCUCCCGGUCUCGGCCAGCCCCCGGUAUCUCUGCCACAGUCGAUUCCGGAGCUUUCACAACCUCUUCAGCGUCCCCCGGGCCUCCCUGAAGGCUUCGCACAGCUGCCACCGGAGUUGUUACAAGCCCAGUUCGCCAAAGGGGUUCCACCAACGCAGCUCAUGCACCAGCCGCCGAUGGGCCCUGAACAUUAUCCUUUCCCGCCCAACGUGCCUUUGCAUCUGUUGCAAAAUGCCAACCUCCCCCCUCAGCACAUGGUUCCUCCGCAGCGCCAGGCUAUGCCGCCCCAGGCACCCCGGCCGCAGCAACAUCAACAACAACAACCCCCGCAGCCCGCCAUCCCGCAAGGUCCUCGGGGAGGAAACAACAUCCUGCCGCUGAUCACCAAUCCCCAGCAAUUGAUGAACUUGACUGAGGAGCAGCGCAUUGCGUACUUGAUGGAGGAUGCCAAACGGGCGAAGCGCAACCACAAGAUUUUCCUCCUCUCGAGAGGCAAUGGACUGAUGACCCCGCAGGAUAAGAAUUUCAUCACUCGGAUCCAACUCCAGCAGCUGGUGGCCGCCGCAGGAAAUGUCGGUGACGAUUCCGAGGCCGUCCUGGCCGAGGAUUUCUACUAUCAAGUCUACAGCCAGAUCCGUGGCGCCCCCCGACAACACCCUCAUCAGCCUCUAGGUCACUUUGCGCAGACAUACCUUCUCCAGACGGGUAACCGCCUGGGUGGCCAUGGCCGGCGCCAGGCGCAGAGUGCAGACAACCACAUGCAGCGGAUGCAGCAACAGGUGCAGCGUGCGGUGGAAGCGGCCAAGGCUAAGCCCAAGAACAAGCAGUUGAUCAUCGAGGGAAGCUUGGGCAAAAUCUCGUUUAGCAAUGCGAAGACGCCGAAGCCCAUGCUCAAUAUCAAGCGCCCCGAGAGCUCGGAAGGAGGAAAACCAGCCAAGAAGCCGCACGCGGACUUGAGCAUGAGCGAUCGGAAGUCCAUCCUUACCAACAUUGAGGGUGUGUACGGCACUUUGAUGGAGAUGGAGGAUAUGGAACGGACGAUGCCGCCCCCGCCGGAUGAGAAUGACCCCGAGGCCAUCCAACGGCACCUGGAAUGGCGACAGAAGGUCCGCUCGCUCAAUCAGAAGUUGUGGCAGGGCUUGAAGGUCAUGGAGCCCAUCGUCCCCAACACCACUCAUCCUUUCAUUGCAUUCCUUUCCUACCCGAAGGGCAAGAAGGCUAUCCCUCGUAUCUUCCGACACAUCGACCAGGAGCAGCGGGUCACUAUUCUUACCAUGAUUGUGGUUCAUCUGGAUACUCUGGACGUUGUUCGGCUGGCACAACCGGCUCCCGGGGAGAGUCAGCCUUCGAUUGCGGUGCGUGAGGCCAUUGAGCUCUUCUCGCAGGCGGUCAUGCCCAGCCUGCUAGGCUACGUGAACGAGGCACCAUUCAACAUUAUUAUCGGACUCCUGGGACUGGUUAUUGCGCAGACGCAUGUGCAGAUGGUGGCCAAGACUCGCAUUGGAUUGGGCAUUUUGACCAUGCUGCUCAGCCGUGCGGAGAUUGUCAAGGAGGCCGGACAGGCCGCGGAACGCGACUGGCAACAAUGGGUGGAGAAGUUUAACAUCCUCUUCGACACGCUGGAGCCUACGUUUGGGGAUAUCUUCCCGGGAUCGAUCAAUGCCGGGGACGACAUGUAUGUGUGGCAAUUCUUGGCGGCCGUGGGCAUUGGCGCAAGCCCGGAGCAACAGCAGCGGUUGGUCAUUGCGGUGAAGGACCGAGUGAUGGAAACAGUGACCUACAGCAAGACUCUUCCCGCCGAGAUGGCUAGCCAACGCCUUGGAAACGUCAACUUGUUCAUGCGGGCCAUUGGUCUCGAUGUUGAGCUUCUCGGAUGA